GUAUCGGCCCGUUUUAAGGAAUCCCGAGUCAAUCCAAUCACGCCGUCUCAAAUUGCCUAACCUCUUUGUGGCGGCCAUGUUUACAGAAACAUAUUUAAACUUCAUGUUUAGGCUUAUGGCUUUGCCAAAGCCUUAAUAAAUUAAAAAAAAAAAAUUGCUGUAUGCGCUGAGUAAUUUUAUACGAAGUUCUGUAAAUUCUCGUACGGUUGUUGCUUGUUUUGUUAUUUAAAAUGAACAAAACGACUCGUAGUAGUGGUAGAACAGUGAUAUACCAAGUUUUUUUUUACGAUGUUUGGCUGAAUCUUAAGCGGGACAAAUUUUGUCUGAAAUUAACAACGUUUAUCAGAGAACAGCCGAUAUGACAGGUGCCUACACUACGAAAUUUAUUACCUGUAGUUAAAGAAGAUUUGGGAUUUAAUGGAAGCCGUGAACAUCUAAGAAAGAUAUUAUAUUCUCUGGGUUUCUCUUACAAAAAAUGUAAAACAGACAGAUCGGCACUAAUGGAGAAGCCUAAUAUAGCAGCAAAGAGGGAACAAUAUUUAAAAAAUUAUAAUGCAUAAUAGAAAUUUGCCUCAAGAACUCCAAAAACAAAUUAUUUUUUUGGAUGAAAGCUACGCACACUCAUCUUACAAGCUUAAAAAAUGUUGGCAAUCAAUUGAAGUUAGUGGAGUGCGACACAAUAUAUCUAAAGGCAAAAGAUAUAUUAUUUUGCAUGCUGGGAGUGAAAAGGGGUUUGUUCCAAAUGCACUAUUAAUUUUCAGUGGCACAAACAAGAAUGAAGAUUACCAUUCUGAAAUGAAUAGAGCAAAUUUCACUAAGUGGGUUAUCGAGAAAUUAAUUCCCAAUUUGACAGAGCCUUCCAUUAUUGUUAUGGACAAUGCUCCUUACCAUUCGGUAGUCAUCAAUAAGGCCCCAACUAGUGCAACAAAAGUUGCUGAUGUAAAGCUGUAAACAAUUUGAUGAAAUGAUGCGUAAACCUGAAUUGUUAAUGCUUGUAAAACGCCACAAGCCAGAGGCCCUUUAUGAAAUUGACCAAAUAUUGGGGGAUCAUGGUCACACUGUGGCACGGCUGCCUCCAUAUCAUUGUCACCUCAAUCCUAUUGAAUUGAUAUGGGGAAUAGCAAAACAUAAAAUUGCCUCUGUCAAUGUAGGGUCCAUUGACAUAAAGAUGGCAGCUGAACAAGCAUUCCAAGCGAUUACUGCCGAAGAUUGGAAAAAUUCAUGCCAACAUGUUAUUAAAAUUGAAAAAGAGUAUUAUGAAAGGGGUAUGACUAUGUAUGACGACAUUGAAAAAUUAGUUAUUAACGUCAGAGAUGAGAGCAGUAGCGAGACCACUUCAGAUUCAUGUGAUUCAGAUGAGUUUGUUGUUGCCGGAACGUCUAGCCAAGAUACAAUAGAGUUUUCUGGGGUGGAAUAUCUCGAUGAAAGUGUUUUGGAAUCUGAUUGAUUCAAAAUUUUAUAAGUUUACGCGAAUGUUAGACAUCGAAGACGACCAACAGCUCAUUCCGCCCCGUGACCACGAAGAAAUCAGUCUACGAAACGUCGGGAGUAAAAUUAAUCUAAAAAACCGCGAUAUU